AUGACAAAAUUGGAAUUUAGUACAACAACUAAAGUGAAACUUGGGAGAAAAGCAUUUUUUGAUGCAACAGCGUUGGAAAGUGUAACCUCAACUAUGGGGUUUGAAUCACUUGGUGAUUAUGCAUUUGAAGGUGCAACUUCACUUAAAGAUUUCAAUUUAACUUUUGUUGUUGUUGUGCCAACAGGUUGUUUCCAAAAAUGCACCUCUCUGUAUUCUAUCAUGGGCAUGAUGUAUCUUACAACAAUUGAGGAUUUUGCAUUUAUGGACAGUGGGUUAGCUACAAUACAUCUAAACACUGCAAUGACUAAAAUAGGAAAUUACGCUUUCAAAGGAACUUCACUUAGUUCUUUGACACUUCCAAACAAAAUUACUGAUUUUGGUUCAAAUGUGUUUGAGGAUGUUGUUUCUCUUGAUAUGGUUGAAUUGAGUCAGAUAACAGCCAUACCAGACUCAACUUUUAGUGGAUGUACUAAAAUGAAAUCAAUUACCGGUGCUGAUAAAGUGACAAGUUUUGGUGCCUCUUCAUUCCAAGAAACAUCACUCUCUUCAAUAACAUUUUCUCCUUCCCUUGUCGAAAUUGGCGACUCUGCAUUCCAAGAAACCAAACUUGUAACUGUGACACUCCCAGAAACUGCAAUUAAAACAUUUGGGAGUAGUGCAUUUGAAAAAAUUGAAACGUUGACUUCAGUCAAUCUUGGUGGUAAUAUCAACAUCCCGUCACGGACUUUCUUUGGGUGUUCCAAACUUGCCCAAGUAAAUUCUUUUGACAAAAUAGUCAUUUUUGGUGCUCAGUCUUUUUCUAAUACCCUAUUAACAACUUUGGCUUUUGCUGAAAACGUUCAGUCUAUUGGAGAGUUUGCUUUCAGCAAUACAGGUGUCACAGACAUUAAACUGCCAUUUUCACUUACUACUAUUGGUGAAGGUGUUUUUAAUGGGUGUGCCAAUUUAGCAACAGUCGAUGUCAAUGGACUGACAAAAAUACCCAAAUCGUUAUUUAGUGGUUGUGUCAAAUUGACCACUGUAACUGGCUUCGACAAAAUCACUUCAUUUGGUGAGAUGUCAUUUUUAUUGACGUCUCUUCCUAAGUUGAAUUUCUCACCAAAGCUGGAGAAGUUGGGUGAUAUGUCUUUUAUGCAGAGCAAAAUGCUGACAGAAGUCACAAUCCCAAAAGUAGCAGAUUUUGGAGAGAGUGUGUUUAGAGAAGUGCAAUCACUCAAACAAGUAGAUCUAACACAAAACACUAUUAUUCCAAAUAACACUUUUAAUCAAUGCACCCAAUUAAGCAACGUCAGCGGAUCUGAGUUAGUUGAAAUUGUUGGAAAAGAUGCUUUCAAAGAUUGCAUAAUGUUAAAUGCACUUAAUUUGUAUUCACAUUUGACUACACUUUUGGAUUCUUUGAAUUCGCUGAAAUAUCUUUUCUUCCACGGAAAGGAAGCUCCAAAAAUAAUACCAAGUGACCCAACACUCAGUCAAACUAUAAAGAUAUUUGUGAAAGAAGAAUUCAAAGCUGAAAUGUUUGGAGGAGUGAAGGUGAUGAAAUUGGGAUGUAACGAAACACAAUUUGUGGAUAUCACAAAAGAUACACCAAUGUGUACCAAUUGUGAAAAAGAUAAAAAGAGUGUUGAUGGAAACAAUUACUUCUGUGAAGUUGAAGUAGAUGAGUGCAUUUUAAAACAUGAAAAAUGCGUGUUGUGUGAACAAGAGAAGUGUGUGAAAUGUGCAGAUGAAUAUGUUCUUGAUAAAAUUGAUGAUAAAUGUGUUCAAGAAUGUCCAUCUGGAUACUACACUGAAGAGGGACAUUGUGAGAAGUGUAAAGAACAUUACAUCACACCAUGUGAGACAGAAGAAUGUGAGAAAUGUACUACAAGUGGGGUGUUUGGAACAUUGGUAGUUAGUGUGAUUCUUUACGUUCUUCUAAUAUUAUAA